AUGGACAGAACCUUGGAGUCUCUGCAAUAUUUAAUUGCCCAAGUACUGCCUCAUAGAGACCCUGCCCUUGUAUUUAAAGACUUGAAUGUCGUAGCAAUGCUGCAGGAAUUCUGGGAGAACAAACAGAAACAGAGAGCUGUAUUUCCAAGUGAAGGCACAGUGGUGUAUGAGUCAUUGAACUCUCCUGGUCCUCCAUUUGUCAGUUAUGUCACCCUACCUGGAGGAAGCUGUUUUGGCAACUUUCAGUGCUGCUUAAGCAGAGCAGAGGCAAGACGAGAUGCUGCAAAAGUGGCUCUGAUCAACUCUCUGUUCAAUGAAUUGCCCUGUCGCAAGAUCACAAAGGAAUUCAUUAUGGAAAGUGUUCAAGAAGCUAUUUCCUCAACCAGUGGUACUUCAAGUGAUGCUGAUGACCCAAGCACAAGCAUCGGGGCUUAUCAUUAUAUGUUGGAGUCAAACAUGGGGAAAACUAUGUUAGAAUUUCAGGAGCUGAUGAUAGUCUUUCAGCUGCUGCAUUGGAAUGGAAGCCUUAAAGCCCUACGUGAAACAAAGUGCUCCCGUCAGGAAGUAAUUUCCUAUUAUUCCCAGUAUUCCUUAGAUGAAAGGAUGAGAAGUCAUAUGGCCCUGGACUGGAUUAUGAAGGAGCAAGACUCUCCAGGAAUUAUUUCCCAAGAGUUACAAGUGGCACUGCGAGAGCUGGAGGAAGCCAGGAAAGCUGGACAAGAAUUGCGGUUUUACAAAGAAAAGAAAGAAAUACUGAGUUUAGCACUAAGUCAGAUCUACAGCAACCAAGUUACCUCAUCCUCAACUGAUGAUCAAAUGGGCCUGACCCUAAGUGGCUAUCACUAGCACAACCCUGCUGCCCUGAAGUAGGAUUAUAACACUGAACUGUAACCUACUAACCCGUGGUAGUUAGGCUACACAUGGAAGUAGCCAUUAGUCACUUUCAUUUGUUGUUUUGUGUAUUCACUAGAGGAGCUGAAGAAAUCACAUUUUUGAAAGAAAAUGUUUUUCAGCUUCAGCUCAACCCCAAAACACUAUCCUUUGGUCUAUUAAGUGAUAUAUGAAUGGUAUAUUAAAGCUAACUUGAAUGGGAAAUUGCUGCAGAAAACUUUGUACUGAUCAACACUGUCCUUCACUAAUAUGCACCAGUCGUCUUUCUCACCAAGAGAACUUAGUACAGAGAUGAGGAAAAUAUUUGGUCACAGGGUUCAUACAGACCUAAUCAGAAAAGCUAGAGAUUACUACUACUAGGUGAAGGACU